GCAACUUUAAAUCUCUUACAUCAGCCCUGGGUUUCAGUCAGCAUCCUCUGUUCUCCCUCCUCACUCUCUCUCGCUCUGCUUUCCCUGUGCUGGCUGCCUCGUUGGCUCUGGUGGACCUGAGAUCUUAGAAAAGCGUCUGCCAGCUAGACAUUCCCUGUCCCAGACUUACAAAGUUUCUCGUGUUGCCAAAACCGCUGUACACAGACCACUGUCACCAUGGAGGCCAUCAAGAAGAAGAUGCAGAUGCUGAAACUGGACAAGGAGAACGCCAUCGACCGGGCCGAACAGGCAGAGACGGACAAGAAAUCAGCUGAGGACAAAUGCAAACAGCUGGAAGAUGAGCUGCUGGGACUGCAGAAGAAGUUGAAGGGAACAGAAGAUGAGCUGGACAAAUACUCCGAGGCCCUGAAGGACGCACAGGAGAAACUGGAGCUGUCUGAGAAGAAGGCCACUGACGCUGAGGGCGAUGUGGCGGCUCUGAACCGCAGGAUCCAGCUGGUGGAGGAGGAGUUGGACCGGGCUCAGGAGAGGCUGGCCACCGCUCUACAGAAACUGGAGGAGGCUGAGAAGGCUGCAGAUGAGAGCGAGAGGGGUAUGAAGGUGAUAGAGAACAGGGCCUCCAAGGAUGAGGAGAAGAUGGAGAUCCAGGAGAUGCAGCUGAAAGAGGCCAAACACAUUGCUGAGGAGGCCGACAGGAAAUAUGAGGAGGUUGCUCGCAAGUUGGUCAUCCUGGAGGGGGAGCUGGAGAGGGCCGAGGAGAGAGCAGAAAUCUCUGAGCUGAAAUGUGGCGACCUGGAGGAAGAGCUGAAGAAUGUCACUAACAACCUCAAGUCCCUAGAGGCUCAGUCUGACAAGUAUUCAGAGAAAGAGGACAAGUAUGAAGAGGAGAUCAAAGUGCUUAGUGACAAACUGAAAGAGGCUGAGACUCGUGCUGAGUUUUCAGAGAGGUCGGUGGCUAAAUUGGAAAAAACUAUAGAUGACUUAGAAGAACAUUUAUCCAGUGCAAAAGAAGAAAACCUGGACAUGCAUCAGGUCUUGGAUCAAACCCUCAUAGAGCUAAAUAGUUUGUGAAGAAGACAAGAAUAAACAAAAAGCCAAGAAAAAUCAUCAUUCCAGCAUUUUUAUCCCACAAAUUGAAUGGCAUACCCAGUUGUAAUUGUUGUGAAAGUAGAGGUUACACUUGUAGCAGGUGUACCCUGGUGGUUUGAUCAGUUCACGAGGAACCGGAAGGUUGGUAUAUAAUCACGAGGUGCAAGGUGAAAAAUCUGUCAUUUUGCCCCUUAGCAAGACAACUAAUUCUAAGUGCUCCUGUAAGUCGCUGUGGAUAAAAGCAUUUGCCAAAAUACAAAAAAACUGGUAACAUUUUUUUUUUUUGUUUCCGUUAGCCAUUUUAAUAUACUCCCAACUUGGCCUUCAUGUUAGUUUUAAUGUCCUUUUCUACUUUAUGUCAUGAAUAGCCAGUGUCUCAUACAUUAGAUACAACUGCUGGCUCUGAAUAGAUCACUCUAGUCGUUCCCUGGAUGGGAAACCAGGUGCUGCUGAAUAGCAAGAGUAGGUGUUAACCUGUCCUAGUAGGAUACUGUAUACUGCAUCAUCAAGGUCAUCUAAUCAUCCCAAGCAUUCAGUUGGUUCAUGCAUCCCCACACAUUCCACAGCUUUUCCCCAGGUCGUUGCUGUGAAACAUAACAUUCUCACUCCAUUCACAUUGUGAAGAGAUACAGUAAAAUAACUUUUAAAACAGCAUAAUGAACAGAUAGAGAUGCAUACCAAAUUAUACAAACACUCCAGAUAGGCUUUUUAGGCCUCGAUCUGAUAUAUGAUGUUUGUGUUGAGAAAAUGUAAUUUCAAAUUGUCUGUAUUGUGAUGGCUAUUAUUUGUGCAAGACAGAGAAUGCGAAAGAUAACCAACAAUCCACAUAUUUAUAUAACAAUCUGUUAUGUUAAUAAAAUAAAAUAAAACAGUGAAUUAAA